UCAGUGAAGUUUCCUGAUGGUCGUAUCCGCCUCUACUGCAAAGGAGCUGACACCGUCAUCUACGAGCGACUUUCCCCUCAGUCCAAACACAAAGAAACUACCCAGUCUGAUCUGGAUGUCUUUGCCAGCGCCACCCUGCGGACGCUGUGCUUGUCUUACAAAGACAUCAGCACGGCAGAUUACGAAGCCUGGUCCAGGAGACACAAAGAUGCGCAGGUCUCCAUGUCGGACAGAGACGCCGCCCUGGACAUCGUGUACGAGCAGAUCGAGAGCAACCUGAUGCUAAUUGGUGCGACGGCCAUCGAGGACAAACUGCAGGAUGGAGUCCCAGAGACCAUCGCUAAACUGGCCAAAGCUGACAUCAAGAUCUGGGUCCUGACUGGAGAUAAGAAAGAAACGGCCGAGAAUAUUGGAUAUUCUUGUUCCCUUCUGACAGACGGCAUGCAGAUCCACUACGGAGAAGACGUCAAUGAGAAGCUGAGUAUCCGUCAAGAAAACAGGAGGAACGAACUUCCAACUUCCCGUCGAGGGAAAAAGAAACCCGCCGAACCGUUCUUCACCCAGCCGGGGAAAAACGCUCUCGUCAUCACCGGAGGAUGGCUGAAUGAAAUUCUGUACGAAAAGAAGAAGAAACGCCGUCGCCUGCGUCUGCGGCGUCUGGGAAGGAAAGCCCCUCCCACCAUCCCUACUGACGGAGAGCCAAUGGACGACUUGGAAAAGGAAAUGAGACAGGAAAACACAAAAUGA